AUGCUAUUCCUCCGUACAGUCGUAUCAACUGCCCUCGUCUUUGUUGGCGCAGCCAGUGCCCUGCCGUUGACCGCCAGGACUGUAGAAGAGCGGCAACUAUCUGCUCUUGUCGGCCUCCUACCAGAGCUUGGCCCUAUCCUGGACGGCCUUCUCGGAGACAUUCUUCGUCGUGACGAGCAUACCGUCGACCGUCGCCAGCUCGGCGGUGGCGGUCUCUCAUCGCUCUCAUCGCUUGGCUCUCUCACCUCGCUAUUGGGCGGCCUUGGUGGUAGCGGUGCCGACGGCAAAGCCGGCACAACUGGAGCCGGACAGGUCGCUGGCGCGAGCGGGAAUGCGCGGCCUGGAAAGUCUACUCCUGGUUCGGGCUUGGACGUUCGUCAGGUCGGCAGUAGCGGCGGACUCGGGAGCCUACUGGGUGGUCGCGACAUCGUCGUCGGACCUCGUCAGAUCAGCGGUAACGGCAGCCCCGGUCUUGAUGGGAUACUGGGAGAACUCGCUCCUCUCCUAGGAGGCGGACUUGGUGGAGGCGCGCUUCGCCGUGACGAAGGAGCCCUUGACCCUCGUCAGCUCGAUGGCGUGACUGGUCUCCUAUCGGCUCUCGAGCCUCUCCUGAAAGGACUUGGUCUUUGA